AUGGUAUAUCACAAUGUAUUUGCGAAAAACAGGGGAAGAUUACUGGCAUUUCUUUCUUCUUGCUCAAACAUCGGCUCUUUUGCAGUGGUCUAUGGAUCAUUGUUUGAGUCGUACGUGCAUUCAAUUCUACCCCGUGGUGGAAGGUUUCGAGUUCGACGCUUGACUACGGGCUCGAAAAGAAAAGCUACAAGUGGGGAGAAGGGCGAUAGCAAGAUUACACGAGUCACCACUGAUGAAGAUAUUGAAGAAGUUGUGUUGCGAGAACGGGAAGUUACCGUUUUCGAGGGAAACGUCCGAGUGACCGCUGACGAUCCGCCAACAUACCUGUUGCCUGCUUCUGGUAAUUUUGAAUCGGUGAAUGCAAUGGGCACGCCGAACGAACUUUUCCGAACGACGUGUGCAAAAGUGUACCCUUGCAAACGUCAAGAUCUUCGCAAAGUUCUGGAAAUGCUUGGAGAUCCAGCUGAACUGCGGUUGCACUUUGUUGUUCCUGUAACGGGGCACCCUGAAGCUUGUACUGAUGACAGUACAAGCUACUUAUUCUGA